UUGGUUGUGAAACGGAGGUUUUGACCUUCACCUGUCACAGGUCUGUUACUGUCUUGUUACAAGCAUGGUUAGUUUAACGUUACUGUACAUGGAAGCGAGGCCGCUAUCCACAAGCAGUAAAAACGCUAAAAUGAAACACCUGAUUAGCUAUCAAAGAGUUCAACGAAUCCAAGGGAAUAUCUAACGGGUACUUGCAUUGAUAAAAAAUUCAUAAGGAAAUUUGAACCCUUAACAGCAAUAUGUAAGAUACUGUAAUACAAUUUUCGGGCUACUACGAGGGCGACCGCGCAAGCUAAGCAUUACACUGACAAAUCACACAUCAAAAGUGCCAAAUUUCACCCAUUAAGGUUGCCGCCCGGUAAAGUUUAGCUGUUAUAAUGACAGGGAUGCAAACUAGUCCGGUGUCAAGCGAGACGAACACAGAUGCCAUGUCUGAUUCGGGGCUGUCGCAUAGGGUGCCAAAAUGCGCUAGAUGCCGUUGCCAUGGAAUCAACUGCGAAUUGAAAGGCCAUAAGGAGAAGUGCCAGUUCAAAGAUUGCCGAUGCAGAUCGUGUUUGUUGGUCGUGGAACGACAAAAGAUUACUGCAACAAGAGUUGCACAUUUACGCCAUCAGCGUAAAAUAGACAAACAGCGAAACAACGGCUACUAUUCUAAUUACGCGCCGCUUACUGACGAGGAAGAGUUCGUACUUUCGAGAUAUGUUGAUCAGCCUGAUGAUCAACGAGCGAAACGCCGAGCGUACUCCUUUGACUACGAGUUCGAAAAUGGACGACCUUACAAGACCCCUGCAGUAAGGUUGCCUGGCUAUUCAGAUCAUGUUGCACAUAGACAAUAUGGCAGCUACUACUACCCUAGAUCGUGGGAUAUGCAGGCACGAAGCAAGAUGUCACCUUGUACUCGUGAGUGUUGCAUGCCGUGGAAGGAUCGAGGCUAUCCCGAACAGCAGCACGCGAAGAGAUUUUACACUGAGAUUCCACGAUCAAAAGUUCCCCACGGAAUGGCGAAUGAUCGCAGAAUGGAAGACCAGCUUCUGGCCACAAACAGGUCCUACGUUAGUAGUUUUGAGGCGCAAAAGUUUGACAAAUUCACUUAUGGUGAAUCACAUAUGAAGGAAGAGUUAAUUUCAGAGGAAAAGAAAAAGGAACAAUUGGAGCACGAGCAAAAACACAUCAAAGCCAUUGAGACAGAAUGUGAAAAAGAAGUUGAAGUUGAGGUCGACGUUGAGGGGGUUGAUCCUGAGAACAAAACAGUGAAAUGUGACAAGAAUACCGCAAUUAGUCCAGUGAAAGGACAGGAUAGUCAUAGAAUGAGUGCAUUUGAUUAUACUAACUCGACCUAUCGAAAUAUGAACGAAGAAAAUAAUCAGGACAUAAAUUACAGAAAGAAUGUUGAUGGCGUCAGGGUAAAGAAGGAAGAUACAAAAUUAGCCAGUUUGGAACAAGAGAGAGCGAGCGCAGAGCAGAAACGGAGAAGAGAUGAAUUCAUCAGAAGCAAAUGCGGUGAAGUUCUCUCGGUAAUGUUCCCUGACUUUGACGGUAAACUUGUCAAGAGCGUAGCAGAGAAGUCUGGGUACGACAUUCAGACGGCCGUAGAGUAUUUUCUUGAAAUGAAGAAGAAGCUGCGCGAAGAUGAAACAAAAUCAGCAUUUUCAUCUUACAAGGCUAAUGGUUACAGUAAUGAAAGUGAGCCAUGCAAAUGCUGUGCGGAGCGGCCGCGAUACACGCCCUAUAUGGUCCCAGGGCACCAUGAUGGAAAAAAGAGCUGGGAAGGUAGAAACACCCAUGUAGUCAAACAAGUAUCAACUGAAUGACUUUAGAGCGAAUCUCCAGCUCAUUUCAUACGCGAAAUACAAAGAUUUUUCGAAAGGACUUUUAUCAAAGAUGGGAAUAUUAGAAUUCGCUAACAAAACGUUUGUACCAUGUUAAAAAACAAUAAUCAGGCUAUCCCUUUCACAAAUAAUGUGCCAAACUGGUGACUCGGAAAACAUUCGGGUCAUUCACAAAAGGUUUAAAAAAAGUGACAAAAGUUAUUCAUGAGACCCAGCCAAAGACUGUAUAUCUUAUAUUAUUUUAUGUUAAGAGCCAAUGUUUAAAUUUAGUUGCCUUAUAAAGGUUUAUUCAAUUUAGGUCAGUAGUAUUAGCUUGUAAAUACGCGUUGCAGCCAAGUUUUUUAAUAAACAAAAAAGAUUGUUUUAAAAACGAUUUUGAUAAUAGAAGACCAUUAUAACUCAAUGUAAAUGAUGGUAAAUGGCAUUAUAAACCAAUGGAGAUCUUUCUUAAGACUAGUUGAGCAUCAAAUGACUAAAUUCAUUAAAAACAGCCCAGGGCAGUUCAACUGACGGAUGCUUUUAACAUACAUUACGUCAUAUGGUAGACUUUCGGGGAAGAGCUUAAACAGAAAGGAAACAAGCACGUUGUUCUUCCCCAUGCACGACAAUAUUUACCCAUAAAUUGCAAAAAUUAUAAAAUACUAGAAAUCUUUAACGUUAUCAAUUAAUUAACACAUAACACAUAACUGUGCAGUUUAGAUUAUCAAUAAGUGGCUAUUUCAGUGUCAUUUUGAAAAGUUUAAGAAUUUUAAUUAUCUAUGACGUAGUUUUUAAAAGAUUAAAAGUCCUUUUUACAAAACCGAAAGACUGUUUUAGAUGUAGAUAGUCAUUGUUUAUAUCAUUGUUUGAUUGGAAAAGCACGCUUUUAACUCUUUCGUAGUCUUUGCCAAACUUAGAACAAAAAGGAAUAUAUAGAUAACCUAAAAAAAUUACAACAUACUUUUGUUCGUUCUUACAACUUUCUCUUUACUUUUUGUUACUGCUGUCGUUCUACUUCUUACUUGUUAAUCUUCGCCUUUGUUUUCUUCUAAUUCCUCUUCUUCUGAUACUUCAGUGAUAUUGGGGUUCUCAACCACAAAUUCAGUGUUUUUUUGGACUGGGACUUAAUUUCCUCAUUCUAUUCAACUUGGAGAUAAGUGAAAGCUCUUGAUGUGCGUCCUCAAAUAGUUUGGCUAUAUCAAUGGACAAAACUGUUAUAUCCGUGUUGUGACAUAGAAGCUGACAUGGGAGAAAUCAAUUUUUAGGGUUAUGCAGGACAUUUUCAUAAAAAAACAUAAAACAUGGUCAGCAAUAGCACAGAGCCCAAAUGAAAAAAUAAUGGUUGGCCAAAACAAGUUAUUUUUGAGUCAAAAAUGCUCUAAUGCUAGGACCACAAACUUCGAAUGCCUUGCCUGAAAAUAUGAAAUUAGCUGAAAACAUCCCAACGUUAAGAAGACUUGAAAAUAAUGGAGUGGGCCUACUUACAGUUUUAGUGUGUGCUACCAGUGUGCACUUCCAGUGUGCACUUCCAGUGUGCACUUCCAGUGUGCACUUCCAGUGUGCACUUCCAGUGUGCACUUCCAG